AUGCAACCGCAAGGACAAAAUUUGAGAGACGGUCACGGCCAGGGGAUACCAGCCAGUAUCCGUCCACUUAUGGAAAUAAACCCUGGUAAUCCGAGGCACUCCACGCCAACACCUCCACCAAUUGCUCAAAACAACAUUCGAACUCAUUUAGCAACUCUUUCUUAUCCUCCACAAUUCACAGGUUGGCCUGGAAAUAAUGUUGGUCCAUGUAGUCCAGCUUGGUAUAGAGGAGUGCAGCCGAAUGGACCCGUGUACGUUGUAAAGCCUACUGCUAUACAAUACAGAAUGCCAGAAAAUCCACGCCCAAUGUCUGCUGCGGACGCUGUACGUCAGCAUAUGGCACUCUUAAAGCCUGUCUUUGACAGAGUCAUUGUCAAACAAUACUUACCUGCGACCAAUCUCCAAGAAGCAAUAUAUCUUUAUAAUCAGCUACAGAAUAUUAUCCUAACAAAAAAACCAGAAGCCCGAGUUACUUUGUAUGGUUCCGUAUCUUUUGCUUGUUGCUUGACUGAUUCAGCUGUAAUCGAUAUUGAUGUUCAAUGCAAUGAACCUUUCCCUUACAAUACUCUACGAGAAGUGUCGGAAAGCAUCCAUGCUUCUGGAUUCGCUCAGAAUAUUCUCCUGAAUGUAGAUGGUGACCCAUACUUUGUUGAAUUUGCUGUACGAGGAACAAACUACCGGAUGCGUAUUACAUCAAACUACAGCAGAGGGAUCCAUUUUACAGAGCUCAUUAGUCUCUAUAUAAGAUGUGAUACACGCGUACUACCAUUGUUACGACUCUUUCGAUUUUUCACUAAAAUUUGCUCUUUGGAUAAACCAGAUGAAGGUACACUGCAUCCGUUUGUUUUUCAUAGCAUGGUCAUACAUUUUCUUCAACAAAUUGAUAAACCCGUGUUACCUUGUCUUCAUGAAUACGUACUUGGAAUUGAUCAAGCACUGUUUAAAUUGAACGACGAUCAAUAUAUCGAAUUUUUUCGUGUUUGCAACGACGGCGUUCGAACAUGGAAAACCGAAAAUAAUAUGCCCAUUGAAUUACUUUUUCUUCAAUUACUCUCUUACUACGACUUAUGCUUUGCCUUCAAUCGUUAUAUGAUUUCGAUACAAACGCGAAUGCCUAUUCUAAAAGAAAAUAAACAAAAGUCACGUCAAAAUCCGACGGAUAUCAAUCGAAAUUUAGCUUACACAAUGAAAGCAAACUCUUCAUUAGAAUAUCUUCAGAAAACUUUUAGGAAAGCAUUGAGUUAUCUAUGUAAAAAUAACAAAAAAUCAUCAAUAGAAAAUACCUGGAUGGUUAAUGAAAUUAAUGGAUCAUACAUAACUUUCUUUAGUGUUUUACUAUCACAUAUCAGGAAAAGUGGCGAUAUCACACAAGACGAUAUUCGACAAACAUAUUAUCACACAUUCAACAAUGAAUCGAAACAUCGAUUCCAACCAAAGCUUCAAAUAAAUCAUAAAAAUGAACCGGAUAGAUUAAACAACGAGAAAAUCGGAAACGAACAGCAGAUCAAUUAUAGUCAUAGUUUGGACGAAAAUAUUAUUGAACGGCCUGUACCAUUUGAGACUCUCGUUCAAUGUCUUGAUGAAAAUAAAAAAGCUGCGUUCAGAUUUGAAUAUCAAAAACACGUUCGUGAAUUCAAUGAAAAAAUGCAUGAUAUUAUCAAUAAACUUAAAGAGCUGCCAACCUCUAAUUCAAGUGCAUCGCUUGCUGUUACAAAAGAAACACGUUCUCAGAAAUCUGCAGGAAACGUCAACGUUUCGGUUCAACUAGAGCACAUUCUUCCUAUUGCUUUAUUGAAAACACUAGAAAUCAUGUCGCUCAAUAAUGCCGCCAAUUUGUCUCAUGAUUUUGAAGCAAAAAGCUUCUGUGGCAAUAAGGGUCCUCCACGCGUGUGUACAAUUUGCUCUAAAACUGACCAUGUGAAGUCGGAUUGUAUCAAAUUGUCCUUGCCAAACACGGUUGUCUUGCCUAAAAUCAGCAAACGCUGGGCUGAUGCGCUCUCACAACUUUGUCGAAAAAUUACAGGUACAGUUACUCGAUGGAUUGUCAGAUUUGAUUGUCUUUAUCAACUAAGAUCAUUUUUAGAUGAAUGUAAAAUGACCAAUCAAGAUAUCGAACAGCGCGAAACCAUCUUAACUUGUCUUGAAACAGAAUUUCGAAAAAUAUACCCCAAUUGUCGUCUACAUCCAGCAGGCUCAUAUAAAAAUGGUUUCGGCUUCCGACAGAGUGAUCUCGAUGUUUGCGUUCAAUUGGAAACAAAUACCAAUGAAUCUAGCAUUCAAACUUUGGAAAAUUUAGCUGAGUUUCUUCAAUCAAAGCAGCAUCUGUUCAAAAAUAUUGAAAUAGUGCGCAACGCUCGAGUACCAAUCAUUCGAUCGGUUCAUGUUGAGUCGAAUAUUGAAGUCGAUAUUAGUCUAAAUAACAUGCUUCCUAUUGAAAAUACUCGACUGCUAAGAAUAUAUUCCGAUAUUGAUCCUCGUGUUCGUGAAUUAGGCUUCGUCAUAAAAACUUUAGCAAAAUUGAACGAUCAUUCGUCAGAUAAUGUUUCGCGUGUUCGAAAAUGUGGCGAUUGGAAUGUUUAUUUUUAUGAUAAUUUAAAAAAUCUAAGUCAAGUAUGGGAUGGCUAUGGCUUGAAUAAAUUGUCUUCGGGUGAAUUAUGGGUUGAGUUUUUAUGUUAUUAUACUGAACGAUUCAAUUAUGAUACUAAUAUUGUUACUAUUCGGCAAGUGAAACCUUUGCUGCGCGCGGGAAAAGGAUGGUUUCAUCCAACUAUUGCUAUUGAAGAUCCAUUUAUUUUAACUCACGAUUUAACCGAAAAGCUAUCCUUGAGAAAUUGGUGUAAUAUUCGUCGCGUGUUUCUUUAUGCUCGAGAACGAUUUGGCUUACAGCCCUCUAAUAUUGAUUUUUAUAGCAACGAGUCAAACACGGAACAAUUGCAGGUUUGA